AAAGUCACGUGACAUAUGUUUUGAUGUAACAUGGCGCCUUUAACAUAUUAUAUUGACAGUAUAAGGUUAAAAUAAUAAAAAUUAUCCGUCUGGUUGUACCUCAAUUAGGAUUCAAAAUUGGAUACAAGGAUGCCUGUUGAUAUUAAUCGAUUGACAGAAGGUUGGCUAGAACUAGAAAGUGAUCCAGGACUGUUUACGCUUCUGUUAGAAGACUUUGGUGUUAAAGGUGUACAAGUAGAGGAAAUAUAUGACUUACAAAAGUCUUUAGAAGGUCCAGUUUAUGGGUUUAUAUUCUUAUUUCGUUGGAUAGAGGAGAGACGCUCGAGGCGUAAAGUUGUAGAACAGACGGAAAGUUUUGUUAAAGAUGAAGACAUUGUGAAUAACAUAUUUUUUGCGCAACAGGUUGUUCCUAAUAGUUGUGCAACACACGCAUUAUUAUCCGUCUUAUUGAAUUGUCCAAAUAUUCAUUUGGGGACAACUUUAUCGCGUUUAAAAUUGCAUACGUCUGGAAUGUGUCCGGAAAAUAAAGGUUGGGCAAUAGGUAACACGCCAGAAUUAGCAUGUGCUCACAAUUCGCAUGCUAUGCCGCAAGCUAAAAGACGUCAAGAUAAAAAUACUGGAGUUUCAACUGGUAGAUUUACCGGUGAAGCAUUUCAUUUUGUAAGUUAUGUACCAAUAAAUGGUAGACUUUUUGAAUUGGAUGGUUUAAAACCAUAUCCUAUGGAUCAUGGACCAUGGAUGGAAAACGAGGAAUGGACGGAACAAUUUCGAAGAGUUAUUACGGAUCGUUUAGGUAUGGCUACGGGUGAACAAUUACAAGAUAUAAGAUUUAAUUUAAUGGCUGUUGUUCCUGAUCGUCGCUUAGCUAUUUCACAUAAAUUAACUAUGUUAAAAACAAAUAGACAAAUAGUUUUGGAAGCAUUACAGCAACUUGUAAAGUUAACCCACCAAGAUAAUGGAACGGAGAAAACAACUAAUGAUCCCGAGAAAAUGGAUAAAUUGUGCGAUAGGAAAAUAAAGGUAGACGAAGAAAAUGUAUUAUCCAAUAAAAUAGAAAAAGAUGAGUCGUCGUCUGCUAUAUCUAUUGAGAGAAAUAAUGAUACUACAACUGAUAUUGAAGAAUCUACUUCACAUAUUGGUACUACUAAAAUUGAUUCGAGUAGCAUGGAAAAGGUAGUAAUGUGCGCUUUAGAUUAUGCUACUCCACUUCAAAUUCAGACUUCGCCGGCUCAUAGUUCAUCGAGUACUGAUACAUCUUCUGAAAUUGGAUCUGCAUUUAAUUCACCAACACAAGCUUGGGGUUGGAAUUCAGGUCAAAGCAGUCCAACAUCGACAAAAGAUUUCAAAAAAUUUGUCGUUAUCAGAGUGGCUGGAGAUGAAAAGCAUGAAGCAGCAGGUUUAAGUCGUUCUCUUGGUAACAUCAAUAUAAAUGGAAAGAGACUGGUUUCGGAUAGUGGACAUUUACAUAAAAAAGUCUGUUUAUCCGGAGAAGUGAGAAUACCGCAUGCACGUGUCAAAACCAGUAACGGUGAUACGGUAACGGAAGAAAAGAAAGUUGAAAAAAUAGAUCCAAAAUUUCAGAACUGUUCCAAAUAUCCAGAACUCUUUGAGCCACAUACAUUUGCUCCGAAGGAUCUCUUAGCAUUAUUGAAAAAUUUGGAACACGAGAUAAAUAGUUGCGAAACUAGUUUAAAAGAUGAAAAUGAUAAAAGAAAUAAGUAUAAAAUUGAUGAUUGCAGAAGGACACAUAAUUAUGACGAGUUUAUAUGUACUUUUCUUUCCAUGUUAGCGCAGCAAGGCAAAUUAGCUGAAUUAGUUCAGCAACAUCUUACUUUAAAGAAACAUACAUCUGUAUCAGUGAGUCGAGUUCACAGGUCUUCGAAGAAAGCUGAUACUCGUACCAAUUCCUCACGUCGACGACGUGGUAGAACUAAAUGUAAAAAACGAAAGUAAUCGAUAUCGAGCUGACAAAAUAGGUUGGUAAUGAUGAAAGUGAUAUCAGUUAAAAACUUGAAUAAAUUCAUUUCAUGAUCUAUUUUAGAUUAAUAUUAUUUAUAUUAUCAUAUAAAAUAAAUCAUCAAAUG